GUCAGACGUCGCUGUCACAGCCGGCGUUGGGGGGGUUUGGUGUGGGGUAGAAUGGCCGCCGCCGCCGCCAGCGGGACCCCGGGAGGACAUAGAUCCCCUCCCCCUGGCCCAUCAGGCAGAGGGUGACCUUGCCAUUUGGAGAUACCUUCACCAUGAAUAACAAGGACACUACUGAGGUUGCUGAGAACAGCCAUCACCUGAAGAUCUUUCUCCCCAAGAAGUUACUGGAGUGUCUUCCCAGAUGCCCACUGCUGCCUCCUGAGCGGCUCCGAUGGAACACAAAUGAGGAGAUUGCCUCGUACUUAAUCACCUUUGAGAAGCAUGACGAGUGGCUGUCCUGUUCCCCCAAGACCAGGCCUCAGAAUGGCUCCAUCAUCCUCUAUAAUCGCAAGAAGGUAAAGUACCGGAAGGAUGGCUACUGCUGGAAGAAGCGGAAGGAUGGAAAGACCACUCGAGAGGACCAUAUGAAACUGAAGGUGCAGGGCAUGGAGUGUCUCUAUGGCUGCUAUGUUCACUCCUCCAUUGUUCCCACAUUCCAUCGUCGCUGUUACUGGCUGCUACAGAACCCUGACAUCGUCCUUGUGCACUACCUGAAUGUCCCCGCCCUGGAAGAUUGUGGGAAGGGCUGUGGCCCCGUCCUUUGUUCCAUCAGCAGCGAUCGAAGGGAAUGGCUCAAGUGGUCCAGGGAGGAGCUGGUGGGGCAACUGAAGCCCAUGUUUCAUGGCAUCAAGUGGAGCUGUGGGAAUGGGGCAGGUGAGUUCUCAGUGGAACAGCUGGUGCAGCAGAUUCUGGAUACCCACCAGGCCAAGCCCCUGCCCCGUACCCAUGCCUGCCUCUGCAGUGGAGGACUUGGUUCCACAGGGAGCCUACCCCACAAAUGCAGCAAUACCAAGCACCGAAUUAUCUCCCCUAAAAUUGAGCCUCGGACCUUGGCCAUACCCCCAAUCCCACCUCCAAGACCCCCUGAACCCCUUCCACAGGCUCUCCCACCCCUUACGGAACUCCCUGACCUUCCCAAGGUUGAUACCUCACCCUCUUCCUGCUCUUCCUCCUCUUCUUCUGGCUUUGCUGAACCCCCUGAAAUUAGCCCUAGACCUCCAGUAACUCCAGGAGGGCUGCCCAGGGCAGGACCUGCUCUCCUCCUCCUGACAGGUUUGGAGCAGCUCACUGGGGGUUUAACUCCCAGCAGGCACUUGGCUUCUCAGCCUGAGUUUGGGCCCUCCCUGGGCCUGGCCCUGGUCCUAGGCCCUCAGCCUCCUGCCCCACCUGGCCCUCCCAGUCCUGCCUUUGAUCCUGAUCGAUUCUUCAACAAUCCCAGUCAAGGCCAGACUUAUGGAGGUGGGCUGGGGGUGAGUCCCAGUUUCCCUGAGGCAGAGGCAGCCAGAACACCUUGCCCAGCCCUGGAACCUGCUGCUGCUCUGGAGCCUGUGGUAUCAGAUCAACGGACUACUCCGAAGUCUGGAGAAGGAAGAGAAGGGAACCGAUUCUUUAUCCCAGAGGAUGCAGGUGGGGAGGGAACUGGCCCUGCUGCGGUCUCCUCAUCCCCAUCCAUGGAGUCAUCAGUCCGGCCUGGAAGAGGUGAAGGGCUGUUUGGAGGACCAGGGGGGACCAGUGAACUAGAGACUUUCAGCUUGUCUUCCUUCCCAGACCUCAUGGGGGACCUGAUCAGUGAGGAGGCUCCAGCGGCUCCUGGCCCUCCAGCUCUUAGCGUUAUCACUGACUUCUCUCCUGAGUGGUCCUAUCCAGAGGGUGGGGUCAAGGUACUGAUCACAGGUCCUUGGACAGAGGUCUCAGAGCGUUAUUCUUGUGUCUUCGACCACAUCCUUGUGCCAGCCUCACUUGUCCAGUCUGGUGUCCUGCGCUGCUACUGUCCUGCUCAUGAGGCAGGGUUGGUAUCUCUUCAGGUGGCAGGAGAAGGGGGCCCACUCUCUGCCUCUGUACUCUUUGAGUAUCGUGCCCGCCGCUUUUUAGCUCUUCCCAGCACCCAACUCGACUGGCUGUCCUUAGAUGACAACCAGUUCCGGAUGUCCAUACUAGAGCGACUAGAGCAGAUGGAAAAGCGGAUGGCAGAGAUAGCAGCAGCUGGACAGGCUCCUCCCCCAGGUCCUGACCCUCACCCAGUACAGGGAGGUGUCCCGGGGCCUGGGUUUGAGGCCCGUGUGGUGGUCCUAGUAGAACGUAUGAUCCCUCGUUAUGGCUGGCGGGGCCCUGAUCACCUGGUUCACGGGGGACCCUUCCGGGGUAUGAGUCUCCUUCACCUGGCAGCAGCCCAGGGCUAUGCCCGUCUCAUUGAGACCCUGAGCCAGUGGAGGACUAUGGAGGCAGAAAGCUUGGACCUGGAGCAAGAGGUGGAUCCACUUAAUGUGGAUCAUUUCUCCUGUACUCCUCUGAUGUGGGCUUGUGCCCUAGGGCACCUAGAAGCUGCUGUGCUCCUUUUCCGAUGGAACCAACAGGCACUAAACAUCCCUGAUUCUCUCGGCCGACUACCCUUAGCUGUGGCACAUUCCCGGGGGCAUGUACAACUUGCCCGAUGUCUAGAAGAGCUACAGAGACAGGAGGCUUCAGUUGAGCCCCUGCCUACCCCUUCACCACCCUCUGCCAGCCCUGACACUGGUCUGAGCAGUGUCUCCUCACCUUCAGAGCUAUCAGAUGGCAUGUUCUCUGUCACUUCGGCCUACUCUAGUGCCCCAGACAGCAGUCCCCCACCUGCUUCUCUGCCUACUUCUGAGGGAGCCACUGAGGUGACACAGCCAGGCCAGUCUCCUCAUGGUCUCUCUGAGGCUCCCAACCUACUCAUGGACUAUAAGGCCAGUAACCCCAUGGGGCUUCCCUCACCCCACUCUGUGAGUGAGGAGCCCACAGUAGAUGCUCCAGUCCAGGGUUAUGGGGCCAGUUCGAAAGGAGCUGAUUGCCAUCAGGCUGUGGACACAAUACAGGUGGACAUGAUCUCCCUGGCCAAACAGAUUGUUGAGGCAACACCAGAACGGAUUAAACAGGAAGACUUUGAAAGUGUCCCUGAGGCUGGAGGCCCUCUUCAAGAACAGACUGGAGCCAUGGGGCUCAGCGAGACUAUGUCCUGGCUGGCUAGUUACCUGGAGAAUGUGGACCACCUCCCUAGCCUCACCCAGCACAGUGAGCUGCCCUUUGAGCGAGGUCGCCUGGCUGCUCCCUCUGCCCCAUCUUGGGCAGAGUUCCUUGGGGCCUCAGCCAAUGGGAAGAUGGAAAGUGACUUUGCACUGUUGACACUGUCUGAUCAUGAGCAACGGGAACUGUAUGAAGCAGGCCGUGUCAUCCAGACUCCCUUCCGCAAGUACAAGGGCCGUCGACUAAAGGAGCAGCAGGAGAUGGCAGCAGCUGUGAUCCAGCGCUGUUACCGAAAGUACAAGCAGCUAACGUGGAUUGCACUUAAGUUUGCACUCUAUAAGAAGAUGACCCAAGCAGCCAUCCUGAUCCAGAGCAAAUUCCGAAGUUACUAUGAACAGAAGCGGUUUCAGCAGAGUCGACGGGCAGCUGUGCUAAUUCAACAACACUACCGUUCUUACCGAUGCCGACCUGGGCCCUCAGGACCUCUGCCUCCCCGUAGCAAAGGCUCCUUCCUCACCAAGAAACAAGACCAGGCAGCUCGGAAAAUCAUGCGUUUCCUGAGGCGCUGUCAACACAGGAUGAAGGAACUGAAGCAGAGCCAGGAGCUAGAGGGUCUCUCCCAGCCUGAACUGACCACCUGACUCCCUCACCGCUACUGCCACCUUGAGGAGGGGUGGUCUUUACAGGGAUAAAAUCCCUUGUUGGAAUAGGAGACAGCUUCCCUCCAAGACUCCAAGGAGCCUCUUCCCUCUGUAGGACUCUCCUCUUACCCUCUCUUAAGUGUUGUUUCCCUACCUCCUCCCAGGAUUCCUGCCUCUCUUGCCUUCUCCUUUCCCUA